CCCCGCCGCUGUCCUCCACGCGGCGCGGCGCGUGGUCCACGCGGCGGUUGCUGGGCGGCGGGGCCACUCCCGGGGGAGCGAGGGAUGCUGAAGGAAUUGUAGCAUGUACACCAUAGAACCACAAAAUGAACAUUUGGAGGAUAAAAACACCCCAUCAUCUACAACUCUUCAGAACCUCAAAGAUAGUAAUAAUAAACAUGAAGAAACUACGGAAACUGUCUUGUCACAAACAGAGGAAAUAAAACCACAGAUGGAAAAGAAGUAUUCUUGUCCUCCACAAGGAAUAUUAAAUAAAGUUAUUACAAAUGGAAUUGCAUUUUUUAUGAUAUGGUGUGUAGCCUGGUCAUUCUCAGGCCCUGAAGUUCUCCCUGGUGGAAAUUUAUUUGGACUAUUAAUCAUCUUUCAUAGUGCCAUUAUUGGGGGGAAACUUUUGGAACUCAUUAGAAUACCUUCAGUGCCUCCACUUCCACCUCUUCUUGGGAUGUUACUGGCUGGUUUUGCCAUAAGGAAUGUUCCAUACCUCAGUGAUUACAUCCAAGUUAAUAGUACAUGGUCUUCAAUUUUAAGAAACACUGCCCUUACCGUUAUCCUAAUACAAGCUGGGCUUGGACUUGAUCCACAGGCUUUGAAGAAUUUGAAAAGAGUUUGUUUAAGAUUGGCUAUAGGUCCAUGCCUAAUGGAGGCAUGUUCAACCGCUCUUGUUUCCCACUUCCUUAUGAAUUUUCCCUGGCAAUGGGGAUUUCUGUUGGGUUUUGUACUAGGUGCUGUCUCUCCUGCUGUGGUUGUCCCUUCCAUGCUUCUUUUGCAAGAAAAUGGAUAUGGCAUUAAGAAAGGCAUCCCAACCUUACUAAUAGCUGCUAGCAGUAUGGAUGACAUCAUAGCAAUCACUGGAUUCAAUACAUGCUUGAGCAUAGUCUUCUCCUCAGGUGGUAUACUUAAAAAUGUCCUUGUCUCUUUUCGGGACAUACUUAUUGGUGUUCUGGCAGGAGCUAUUUUGGGAAUUUUUCUUCAAUAUUUUCCAAGUGAAGAUCAGACAAAAUGUCCACUGAAGAGAGCAUUUCUUAUUUCGAGUAUAUGUGUUUCUGCUGUCUUGGGCGGCCAUCGUAUUGGUUUACAUGCAGCUGGAGGAUUAUGCACACUAGUGUUGAGCUUUGUUGCAGGGUUAAAUUGGUCCACAGAAAAGGUUAGAGUCCAAAGAAUUAUUAAAACUACAUGGCAUGUUUUUCAACCCCUUCUUUUUGGUUUGGUUGGAUCAGAAGUAUCUGUUGCAUCUCUUAAAUCAAAUGCUAUUGGCAUUUGUGUUGCUACCAUGAGUUUGGCAUUAUUGAUUCGAAUUUCUUUUACAUUUGUAUUGAUGUGUUUUGCUGGCUUUAGUUUCAAGGAGAAAAUAUUUAUUGCAUUAUCAUGGAUGCCUAAAGCUACAGUCCAGGCUGUAUUAGGUCCUCUGGCUCUAGAAACAGCAAGAAUCAGCGCACCCCACUUGGAAUCAUAUUCGAAGGAUGUGAUGACAGUAGCAUUUUUAGCCAUCUUGAUCACAGCUCCAAAUGGAGCUCUAAUUAUUGGCAUACUGGGGCCCAAAAUACUUACACGCCAUGAUCCAAGCAAAAUCAAUGUGGAAUUGACAAAAGUAGAACUUCAUUAAAAAGUUUAUUUGCCAUCACCUGCCUAUGUCAUUUAAUUAAUUACCUUACAAGAGGAAAAUUAAAA